AUGUACAACGCCGAUAUAUUCUGUACAGAGUGUGGGAUAACCCUGGGUGCUUCCCUUCACAAUGUCCUCAGCCGUGUUAAAGCCCAUCCCCAAACAUACCCCGCAAUUGACCUGGCGUACUCGUCCUCGGAUCCCUUGCGCAAGCCAGUUGUCCUACAGCUUCCGUCGAAUGGUCUUCGCCUACGAUUCGAUGGCCCUGACCAGAGACUGCGUCUGAUUGAGGUACUCGACUUCACCAAGAUAUCGAUGGUUUACAAGAACCAAGACGUGGUUAAGGGUACGAAGGAGCAAACGCCGUCCCAACAGGGUCCUAGCUUCCGUCAUGUCUACAACCGUCUCUUCGGUCCAUCGUACCCGGGUGAAUAUAUACCUCCAACCUCUCACACCCCAUAUGGUACUUAUGUCCUCUCGUAUCCCGGGGUCGCAUUCUCCUUCCCGCUGCAGAACUCGGCGUAUUCGGACCAAUGUGACUUUGUAGCAUUGCUCUCAUCCUCAGCAGCACUACCAGCCACGUCUAUGGCGAUUUAUCAGGGCUCAUCGUGGCCGGAAUCCAGGUCUAAAUUGUUCACACAGCCUCCUCAGUAUCCUCGUUCUCCAGCACUGGUCGGGAAGAAUAGGGAAGCGUCUCCAGAUGAGAUCGAGGAGUUCAAUGUCUUGGGAGCUGGAAAGAUUGAGGUUUUCCGAAGGUCAACUCCUACCACAUACAUCUCUCUCUCCGAGACCACACCUCAAGACUUGAUUGCAGAGUUUGGACCACCUGAUGCCAUUUAUCGUAAGAAUGAUCGAAGAAUUUCAAUCCACCGUGCUGCAGGCGGCGGUGGUGGUGGUGGUGCAGAUGCUUUGCAUAUGAGUCCAUCCCCAGCCAGAGGGAUUGAUGUUACUGAUACCGACCAGUCUUCAAACAACAGCAUGACUGAUGAUUCAGACGAGGAUAUUUCCCAUGGAGAAACCUUGGACCCUUCCUCAAUGCCCACAGAAUGCUUCUAUAAUUAUUUCCACCAUGGAUUUGAUGCUUUUAUCAGCUUCCCUACCACGCCUGGCCCUGCAUUUCCAGGGUCCGAUCUAUCUGAUCCAGCACCUCCAACUCCAUCGUCUCAAUUGGUCGUCACAAAGAUCAUCCUACAUGGGAACGUCCCGGGCUCGUAUCCAUUCAACCGCCAUCGGCGCAGUCGUUGGACUAUCUACUUUGAUGCGCAUGGUGAAUCCGUCACUUCAGAGACCCCGUAUGACGAGAUCUCAUCGCGGCUUAGAGACGUUUGGAAGGGAUCGUACGCGAACGCUGCAGAGGAGCGAGCGCUUCAACGCCCAAUGGUGCUGAAUCGUGGCUGGGGCGACAGCCCGGAAAGCAGCGUUGAAUUCCUUGGCGGCUGGGAAGAGAGUACCGGCCGGGGACCGAGAGCUGGUGGCGACAGCCAGGAUGGGGGUCUAGGUAAUACCGAGUUGUUUGGAUUUCCUGGGCUUCUAUUUGAAGUCAUGAAGAACGGCGCAGCCAGCGCCGUUCUGAACAGGACAUGCUUCUUCAGAGGUAGUAUGCCAGAAUUGCCGCGGACGCUCACACGGUCCUGGUCGUCGACACUCAAGCUCCCCAAGUCGACGUUCCCGGCGCGUGUGCCCCCGGCCGAUCAAGCAAAAUACCUGCAGCGAUGCACCAACGAGCUAUACGCCUGGCAAUGCCGCGAACGACCCGCCGAUCGACCCUUUGUCCUACAUGAUGGACCCCCGUACGCGAAUGGCGAGCUUCACAUUGGUCAUGCGCUGAAUAAGAUUCUCAAGGAUAUCAUCUGCCGAGUACAGCUGGGGCGGGGGAAGAGAGUGCGCUAUGUGCCUGGAUGGGACUGUCAUGGAUUGCCUAUCGAAUUGAAGGCGCUACAAGGCGAGAAAGAUGCCGGACUGGUGGCAAAUGGGCCCGUCAGUGCGGCGGUGAUUCGCAACAAGGCAAGGAAAUUGGCCGGGAAGGCGGUUAAAGAGCAGAUGAAGGGAUUCCACGGGUUCGGUGUUAUGGCUGACUGGGAGAGUCACUGGAAGACUAUGGAUAAGGAAUUUGAGAAGAGACAAUUAGGUGUUUUCCGUGAAAUGGUUGAUAAGGACUUGAUCUAUCGAAGGUUCAAACCUGUCUAUUGGUCUCCGUCUACUGGUACGGCGCUGGCAGAAGCUGAAUUGGAGUACAAAGAAGAUCAUGUGUCUACCGCUGCUCUGGUUAAGUUUCCGCUCGUUUCCAUUCCGCCUCACUUGUUGCAGAAUCCUUUACUUCGCGAUAAGGAGGUUAAUGCUGUUAUCUGGACAACCACGCCCUGGACGCUGCCGGCCAAUGCUGUGAUUGCGGUUCAUGAAUCUCUGCGAUAUACCAUCGUCGAGUCGGACACAUGCGGGUACCUACUCAUUGCGCAAUCUCGGUUAGAAUAUCUUCAGAAUAUUCUGAAGGAGAACUUAUCCGUCAUUGUGCCGUCGAUUCUUGGCUCAGAGCUGGCAGAUCGGACUACGUACCGGCCGCUUUUCAAGGGACAAGAUGCUCAGCCCCAGCCCAUGAUUGCGGCGGACUUUGUGACUGCAGAUUCUGGAUCUGGACUCGUUCACUGCGCCCCUGGUCAUGGUAUGGAUGACUACGAAGCUUGUGCGUCUCAUGGAAUUGCCGCAUUCGCCCCGGUCAAUGACCACGGAGAAUUCACCAACGAGGCCAUGCCCAUCGAUCCCAGCAGAUUGAGCGGCAAGAGUGUCCUUGGAGAGGGAAAUGUCGCUGUUUUGGAAUAUGUCAAGUCGCAGGGCCAGCUCUUGGCGCAGCACCGGUACGAACACAAGUACCCGCACGACUGGCGCUCUAAGCUCCCGAUCAUCAUCAGAGCUACUGAGCAAUGGUUUGCCGAUGUUGGAGAUAUUCGCGACAGCGCUGUCAAAGCUCUGCAAGACGUCCACUUCCUUCCUCAGUCUGGAAAACAACGGUUAGAGAACUUCGUCAAGAAUAGAAGCGAAUGGUGUAUCUCUCGUCAGCGUGCAUGGGGUGUCCCCAUUCCUGCGCUCUACCACCGUGACACGGGCGAAGCUGUGCUUACCAAGGACAGUGUAUCGCACAUCAUGUCUGUGAUUGAUGAGCGCGGUGUCGAUGCCUGGUGGACGGACGAUGCGGACGAUUCUGCAUGGAUUCCUGCGUCUCUGCAAGAUGCUUCUGGUUCCGGGUACCGACGCGGGACAGACACCAUGGACGUCUGGUUUGACAGCGGUACCAGCUGGUCCGAAAUCGAAGGACUCGCUCAGGACAAGGGUCAUCUCGCGGAUGUUUACCUCGAAGGAACUGACCAGCACCGUGGCUGGUUCCAGUCAGGACUGCUCACGUACGUCGCACACCAGCUUGCUUCAGGUCAGACGAGUGCUCCUGCCGCGCCGUUCAAAACCCUGGUCACCCAUGGCUUCACCCUUGACGAAGACGGUCGCAAGAUGAGCAAGUCGAUUGGCAAUGUGGUGGAACCGAAAGCCAUUAUGGAUGGAACCCUCCUGCCACCACUCAAGCAAAAGAAGGGCAAGAAGAAGCAGUCAGAGAAUGCAGCCCCUGUCUAUGAUGCUCUUGGUCCCGACGCGCUUCGCAUGUGGGUUGCUAGCAGUGACUACACGAGGGACGUGGUUGUUGGAAAGCAGGUCCUCCAGACAGUCAACACUAGUCUGCACAAGUACCGUGUCACCUUCAAGCUUCUGCUCGGAGCUCUUGCAGACUUCCCCAUGGACCGUAUACUCCCGUACGACCAGCUGCAGAUGAUUGAUCAGAUCGCCCUCAUGCAUUUGUCUGAUAUGGUCGUCACUAGCCAAAAGGCCUGCGAGAACUUCGAGUUUCACAGAGCCGUGAACACCAUUAACAGAUGGGCCAAUCUUGAGUUCUCUGCAUUCUACAUGGAGUCUAUCAAGGACCGUCUUUACACUUACGGAGAGGAUAGCGUCAGCAGACGUGCCGCGCAGACAACGUUGUUCCACAUCUACAACCACCUGCAGGAAGUUCUUGCCCCGAUUACGCCGAUGCUCAUCGAAGAAACCUGGGAACAUGCUCCUGAGGCGGUUAAAUCGCAACGCGAACACCCCCUGAAACGCAUCGUUUCCUCUCCUGCGCCCGAAUGGCAGAAUCCUGCUCUCGAGAAUGACUACCAAGAACUAAUAGCCGCUCACUCGGUGAUCAAGACAGUGCAGGAGAACGCACGAGGCAAGAAAGAGCUGGGUUCGUCUCUUCAAUCGUUUGUCCACAUCGUACUUCCGGGUAAGAACAUCACCAGCUCCGUUUUGCAACGAUACUUGUCAGAACUCCCUGACCUAUUCGUGGUUUCCUCUGUGACCCUGAGUGCAGAGGGUGAGCCUACUCCCUCGAGUAUCCAGAAUGCGGAAUGGCAUUACACAGGGCAGUUUGAACUGCCUAGUGGCCAGAAGGGAACUGUGUAUGUGUACACGCCACAGGACGUGAAAUGUCCUCGAUGCUGGAGGUAUGCUGUGCCGGAACCGCCGGCAGCGGAGCAGGAAGAGGAAAGACUAUGCGAUCGGUGCGACGAGGUUGUUCGUGACCUUGAUGCCAACGCUGCAUGA